AUGAACGCGCAGCUGGCGAUGGAGAACAUCGGCGAUCUGCACGGGGUGAGCCAUGAGCCGGUGCCCGCCGCCGCCGACCUGAUGAGCGGCAGCCCCCACCACCGGAGCGCGGUGGCCCACCGCGGCAGCCACCUGCCGGCCCACCCGCGCUCCAUGGGCAUGGCGUCCAUCCUCGACGGCGGCGACUACCACCACCACCACCGGCCGCCCGAGCACGCCCUGACCGGCCCCCUGCACCCCACCAUGACCAUGGCCUGCGAGACACCCCCCGGCAUGAGCAUGAGCAGCACCUACACCACGUUAACCCCUCUGCAGCCUCUACCUCCCAUCUCGACGGUCUCGGACAAGUUCCCUCACCACCACCACCACCAUCACCACCAUCACCAUCCCCACCAGCGGAUACCGGGCAACGUGAGCGGCAGCUUCACGCUCAUGCGGGACGAGAGGGGUCUGGCGUCUAUGAACAAUCUCUACACCCCCUACCACAAGGAUGUUACCGGCAUGGGGCAGAGCCUCUCUCCGUUGUCUGGAUCGGGCCUGGGGAGCAUCCACAACUCCCAGCAAGGGCUGCCCCACUACGCUCAUCCCAGUGCCACCAUGCCCGCCGAGAAAAUGCUCACCCCAAACGGAUUUGAAGCCCACCACCCUGCCAUGUUAGCCAGGCAUGGCGACCAACACCUCACCCCCACCUCCGCUGGCAUGGUGCCUAUCAACGGGAUCCCACACCACCCCCAUGCCCACCUGAAUGCCCAGAGCCACGGGCAGAUCCUGGGCUCUGCCAGGGAGCAAAACCCUUCUGUAACUGGUUCGCAGGUCAACAGUGGAAGUAAUUCAGGGCAAAUGGAAGAAAUCAAUACCAAAGAAGUAGCUCAGAGGAUCACCACCGAGCUCAAGCGGUACAGCAUCCCCCAGGCUAUCUUCGCCCAGAGGGUGCUGUGCCGCUCUCAAGGGACGCUCUCAGACCUGCUGAGGAACCCCAAGCCCUGGAGCAAGCUCAAAUCCGGCCGGGAGACCUUCCGCAGAAUGUGGAAGUGGCUCCAGGAGCCGGAGUUUCAGCGGAUGUCUGCUCUGCGGCUUGCAGCGUGCAAGAGGAAAGAACAGGAGCACGGCAAGGACAGAGGGAACACGCCCAAGAAGCCUCGGCUGGUCUUCACCGACGUGCAGCGUCGAACUCUACAUGCAAUAUUCAAGGAGAACAAGCGUCCGUCCAAAGAGUUACAAAUCACCAUUUCCCAGCAGCUCGGGUUGGAGCUGAGCACCGUCAGCAACUUUUUCAUGAAUGCACGGAGGAGGAGUCUGGAUAAGUGGCAAGACGAGGGCAGCUCCAAUUCAGGCAACUCAUCUUCUUCAUCAAGCACUUGUACCAAAGCAUGAAGGAAUAACCACGAACUGAAACCUCGGUGGAAAAGCUUUAAAAAAUAAAUAAAUAAAUAAAAUAAAGACAGACCAGGACCUCAAAAUAGCAGGUUUAUACUUAAAACUAUUUGAAAAAAAAAUAUUUAUAAGUCCAAAGAAACCAAAGACUUAUUUCACCUGCAUUAUGACUUUGUUCUAAGACACACACUUUAGUAGGAUGACGACUUGCAAAAAAAACAGAGAGGAAGAAGGAAGCGAAAUGGAGGGAACGGAACGGAAAGCAAAGAGAAGAGGAACAGACCACUGGUCUCACACCUUUGCCCAUCAUCAUCCUCACCGUACUUGGCUGUGUAGUGGUUUGGAGCAUAGUGAUUUCCUGUCAUUGAGCAGACAUCUCUUUGGAUACAGCUCUUCACGGCCACAGCAGUUGCCAUGGAGGUGUCAGUGUGUCCGUCCUGCGUGCACCCAGUGGGUAGGGACUUAGGGCUGGUCUCCAGAGAGGGCUGUGCCAGGGCACGGCCCCCAGAGCGUGGAGUCGUCUGAAUUCCUUGGAACGGUAGUGUGAUUUUUGCUGUUUCACUGUUUGAACUUGGCUGGUGCAAUGCCUCGAAACAAGUUCAAACUAGGCAAAGAAAUUUUGAAUGGUACCUAAACCAGUGCAUUCUCUUUGUUUGUUAAGGAAUGUUCAGAUUUAAAAAAAGGAAAACUAUUCCAUCCAUAAAAAAAAAAAUCGACUAGCUACCAAAGAACACAUUUAAUAAUUGUAUUGCAGGUAUUUUAUUGCAAUGAUUUUAAUAUUCCAAAGCUAUUUUUACACAAAUACUAUGUAGAGUUAUAGGUAUAAACUAAUCUAACUGUAUAACACAUAAAACUUGUAAUCAAGACUGUUAUUUGCAAUUAGUAAAACCACAUUAUCGUUUCUUUCUGUGAUUGGCAAGAAAGAAUGUCACCCGAGGAGAGCACGGGAACCAGAACGGGAUGCUGCUUCCAUUGAACUCAGUGAGCCCUUUCCUCACUGACUCCAACGGGAGCACAAGAGGGAGCCGCGUGUGACACCCCGUGUGUGACACCCCGUGUGUGACACCCCGUGUGACACCCCGUGUGUGACACCGUGUGUGUGGCACUGUCCCCAGGCGGGUCCCGGCUGGAGCUCCAGCGUGGCUCAGCUCUGCCAUCUAGCCUGCGAGCAGGGGACCUGAGGCACUCGGGAUGCAAAAAUGAAAGGAAUUGAGGGAUGCAAAACCGCAGGGCCCAGCGUCUGAUCAAUACUCAUUGACAUUAGCGAGCUUUUUUUUUACCUAUCGACUUUACCAGGCGAAGGAAUAGUAACAGCUUUGCCGGCUCGUGGUCCUUUCCUACUGGAAGCAGUGGUAGAACAUCAGUUUACGUGGGAGGAGCUCCAAGGGGAGCUCCAGGAGUGCUUUUGGAAGGAGGAAUUGGGAUCUCUGGAGUCAAGAGCAAAAUUCUCGUGACACAGAGAUACAGCCCGAUGUUUUGUGGCUUUGUGUCUACGUGUGGCAGGCUGAGCUGGUGUCCCGUGCAUUCUUUCUUGCUCAUCUCUUAGUCAGGAUAAUGCAUGAAAUAGUUUGAAGUUUGUAGCUGAAAAGCUUUAAACGCUCUGUUGCUAACAGACCCAUAGGAGAGAAAUCAUCCCGUUCCUACUCCGAUAAAAUUAAAGAGAAAAGCGUGAAAUAUCUGCAUAUUAAAUUUUAAUGUAAAGGGAAAAUAGACUUUAAGAACCAUACAUGUGCCUGUUAGAUUUCUAACUGGUAUUUCAAAUUACUGUAGUAAUUAUGCUAGGUAUAUUAAAUUCCAAAAUAAGCAAAUAUGCAGGUAUUGGCCCAAUGCAAGGACUAGAAAUAGAUAAUCUUACUUCCAACCUUUUUGUUUUUAAGGAAAAAAAAAGACAAAGGAAAAUUCAAGGUAAACUAGAAUCCAAAUACUAUAAACAGUAGCAGAUACUGGUUUGGGGGAUGAAGCCCACUCAAAAUACCAGUGACAACAAAGUAGAACAACUUCUGUAGCACCAGUUGUUUCCCAAGAGGACAGGGUCUAGUCAAGGUUCAGGGUAUACAGUUUGUUUCCACCCAGUGUUUAGAAUACAGGUGAAAUAUCUCUUUAUUAAAAUAAAGUUAAAUAAACCCAAUAUUUUUGGCACUGAAUAUUUCUCCGUAUUUCAGUAUGUUAAACCCACUUUAAGGCUGACAAGGCAGUUAUCUAUGAAAAUGGCAUCUAAUCUGGACUUUUUUGAGUCUCUAGCUUACCUUAAAUUUUAGCAAGCUUUCUUUUGAAGUGUUCCAUCCCCAUGGAGACAUAAUUGACAUGGAAACAUUGAUAAGCUCACAUAGGAAGUACCUUAUGAAUGCAGUCUCAUUAGUGUAAGGUUAGUAAAGGACAGUGAUAACUAAAGGUUUUGUUUUUUUCCAGCAAAACACUGCUUUGUGACGUACCUAUAGUUUAGAGAAUAAAGCCUUAUUUAUUUAAAACUUGAGAGUUUAAAAAAUGCAGGGAAAUUCAAAGUACAUUGCCGCAUUUUUAGUAUUUCCAUUGUAUUGUCUUUAUAGACUACUUGCUGAAACCAAAGAGAACUUUCAUACCAGCAUUAAAUUUGCACCCAAUAUGCAAUUUCAGGAUCUCUGAUACACACACAUGCAAGCCCCUAGACAAACAGGACUGUGUAUAUGUACAUGCACACACAUUUUGAUGGGGUGCAUGUAUGUAUACACGUGCACACACAUGUCCACACACACUAAAACUGAUGCACAAGUUGUAGAUUUUAAGUGUUUUGGGUUUUUUACAUGUCUGUUUAAGUAGAUAUAAACCUUUUGGUUUUGUCUAAGCCAUUAGGAACAAACCACUCUUCCCAUGAGCAAUAUGCGCCUCAUACUCUGAAUAGGCAAAGAACACAAUUCUCCUCAAAUUCCUUCAAAACAUGAAGCAAAUAACUCUGGAACUGCUCAGUGUAGCUGGAAAGCUGUGUUACCUCUGAGCAGACUGUCCAGCCACACCGACUGAAGCACAGACAGGUUACCUGGUGCUCCCUUGCUCUGCCUGGUGCCAUCACCCAACAGGGCAUCCUUGAAGGGGAGUUUCCUCUGAUGCUGCAUUUAACAUUUCCCAGGAAACCUGUCUCUGCCUGUUAGUGUCAGUCUUUCAGCUCAUUUCAUUCCUGACAAAAUGGAAAUUGGUUUCAAAUUCGACAAGAGGAUCCAAAACUCUGCCAGGAAGGAAUAGGAGAGGGAGCAGAACCCAAAACAGUCUGGGAGCAUCAGGAGAUGGGGCUUCAGUCAAAGGUGACUCCAAGGGCAGGAGGGCAUUAGGAACAUGCAUUCAGCAAACAGGCUGCAUCCAAACACGACUGCAGUGACCCACAGGGAGAGGCUGGCCAAGAGGUGAACUGUCCUCAUCCAUCCCCAUUGUAAAUGGCAUCAUUUAGAUUUCUAGGAAAAAAACAAAGCAAACUUAAAAAAGCAAGUCCUCCUUCAGCCUGCCCCAGAGCGCUCCUUCAGCCCUGUGUGCUCCCCAGGGCUGCAGCCUCCUCUCCUUACUCAGGUAAAGCAAACCCCCCCGGAGCCAGCCAGACACGGGGCCUGUGCUCGGGAUGUUGCUCCUGCACCCCAGGCCAGGAGCGAAUUCCCCGGCAGGCAGGCAGGGUGGCCUGGCCCGAGAGCAGCCCCAGCGCUGCCCUGGGCACCGCGCUGCUCCUGGGCACUGCCCGGGGCUGCUGCUGCUGCCCAGAGCGCUCACUAACACUGCUGAGCUAAUACCAAAGAGUCUUAGGACACCUCUCCUCACCUGAGUUGUAAACAGGACAUUUUUACCCCAAAAACGUUCCUUCUUUCUACUACUCUUCCUCCUAUCCUCCUCCUCUUCCUCCUCCUUUGUACAUAGGGAUGAAAACUAUGCAUUUAGCAAACAAAGAGAAAGCACUUACCCUUUUCUAUCUCACUGCGUUUGGGUGCAUUCAAAGGCCCAGGGGCUAAUUUUGAGACUUUGCUUAGCCUCCUGGUUUAUUAUUGUGGUGUGGUUAGCUUUACAAUACAUUUGGUAACUAUUUGCUAAAGACAAAGAAGCAAAAGGUAAGGAAUAGCUACUUCCACGUGUUAAAAAAAAAAGAAAAAAAAAAGAAAAAAAAAGUGUGUAAAGAUCUACUAUUUAUAGUGUGAACCAAAGACGCUACCUCACUCGAUUUCCAUUGGUGAUUUUAAUCACAUUGAUGAUACCAAAGAAUACCAAAGAUUUUUCAUGCACGGCCUUGGUCUGGAAAGGGAACUCAUCCUCCUUCUUGCCCCCAUCCCCUGACCCCCUUCCUCACCUUCACUCAGUGUGUAACCUUGUCUUCAUUCUUAGUGGUAAUGCUAAUAACCUUAUGAAUACUUCUCUUGCUACAACUGCUACUACUGACGAUGAUAAGGAUAAUAAUAAUAAUAAUAAAGCUCUUGGCAAACAUGUUGCAAACUUUGUAAACUCAUAGGACGAGUGCCUUGCUUGAACCAAAGUGUUAAACCGCUGUUGACCUCUUUAUCUCUCACCUUAUACUCUUUGAAUACCUCAGCCUGUUAGAAAGGCCACUAAUGAAAAAAGGAAUAAUUCUUCACCGUGGUGCUUUUUGCCGUGCAACCAUGCAAUGAAACUUUCUUUGAUACCAAAGGAAAAUGUUUUUUUCCACUUUCUUGCUGACAAACCAAAGGUUCCCUCUCCUUUCCCCCAAAGCAGCUUGAGUCCCUGAGCCCAGACAGGCCGUGCAUCGCUUUUACCAAUUCCUCCAAAUACCUCAUAGUAAUAAAUCUUUAGGGUUAUGUUGUAUAGAGAGUCUAUGUGAUAAGGCAGAACUUACUAGUUUGAUAAUUGUUAAGGUUACUUAAAAAAAAGCUUUAUAAUUCUUAUUUAUUUUGUAGGGGUUGUUUUGUUUGUAUAUUCCUUUUAUAUUGUUUGGUUUGGGUUUGGGUUUCUUCUUUUUUUCCUUUUUUUUGGCAGAACUUCUCUGUUAUACUCAAGGAAGAUCUUAUUCCUGGGAAUGUUUCAAAGUGGGUAAAGAUCGCUGUUUGCAAUGAAUGCAAGAAAGGGAAACAUGGCUUCAAUUACUUUUGUUUCAGCUAGGAUGCUUUGUGUUUGCUAGUCGGUGUUCUUUUCACAGGGUAAAAAAAAAAUAUUCUCUGCUGUGAUAAAUGGUUCCUAUUUUUUCUCUAUAAUGUGCUGUGACUUUUAAUUUAAUUACAUUUUGUAUACGCUUAUUUAAUCACUGCUUUAAUUUAUGACUAUGUAGUUAAAAAAAAAAAUGUAUAUAGUAGAUUCAAAAAUGGCCAAAGCUUUAUGUUACAAUCUUUUCAUUCUUGAUGCUGAGAUGAACUGAAGGAGAGUGCUUCUCUUGACUGCAGGGUGUAUCUUCAGCCUUGUCUUGGCAUGCACUUCCACCCGUGUUACAAACACUGCCAGGUUACCCCCCAGGCCUCCCUUCCCCCAAUUGUACAUGCCAAAAUGAGUGUUUCAAGGUAGUACUUUUGUCACUUAGAAAGCAGAAAGGCAUUAUUAGUGUGUUUUAUCUUUAAUUUAUUUGUCUUUUUCUAGAAAGAUUGCUUUGUGGGUGAGACCCGCACAUCCAAAGAAUUUAAAAGUCGUUUAAUGUUUAAAAAGCACUGGCAUUUGUGAGAGAUUUUGCUGAGUUUUUAUUUUCCUUCGCCAUUCGCACGGGUAGCGCAAGCAAGAAGCGGGCGCGGGCCUCGGGAGAAAAGCUGACUUGAAUCUGGAAACCUUGGGCCCUGGGAGAAAAGCUGACUUGAAUCUGGAAACCUUGGGCCCUGGGAGAAAAGCUGACUUGAAUCUGGAAACCUUGCUCAUGGAAAGGCCUUUGCGGCGGGCGCUGCGACAGCGCGGGCUCGGGGCCACCCUGGGCCACCUGGUGCCCAGGCAGGGCUGCAGGAAUGGCAUG